CAUCUCCACCACCGUACACCGCAGAAACAAACGCACAAGUGAUACACAUUUGCUCGCGGAACAUCACUGGAAUUUUGGAAGCCAGCGAAAAUCCGGACCUCGCUAAUGGCUUCAGCCACCGCCUCCAUCUCGUCGCACUCCGGCGCCCUCCGCGACGUCAAAGCCGCGAGGCUUGGCGCCGGGAGGCAGCAGGUGGCCGCGGCGGUGGUGCGGGGCCAGCGCGCGAGGGCGGUGCGCCCGCUGCGCGCGGCGGAGCUGCCGGGGAGGCAGCCGGUGGCCGCGUCCGCGGCCUCGGCGGCUCCGGCCGCGCUCGUGGCGGAGGAGGCCACCGUCGCCAUCCCGGCGGCCGUGGACUACGAGGCCCUGGCACGGGAGCUGGAGGGCGCGUCACCGCUGGAGGUCAUGGAUCGGGCGCUCUCCAUGUUCGGAUCCGACAUCGCCAUCGCCUUCAGUGGCGCCGAGGACGUGGCGCUGAUCGAGUACGCGAAGCUGACGGGUCGCCCGUUCCGGGUGUUCAGCCUGGACACGGGCCGGCUGAACCCGGAGACGUACCAACUCUUCGACAAGGUGGAGAAGCACUACGGCAUCCGCAUCGAGUACAUGUUCCCGGACUCCGGCGAGGUGCAGGCGCUGGUGCGGAGCAAGGGGCUCUUCUCCUUCUACGAGGACGGCCACCAGGAGUGCUGCCGGGUGCGCAAGGUGCGGCCGCUGCGCAGGGCGCUCAAGGGGCUCAGGGCCUGGAUCACCGGCCAGAGGAAAGACCAGUCCCCUGGCACCAGGGCCAGCAUCCCCAUCGUUCAGGUUGAUCCUUCCUUUGAAGGGCUGGAUGGUGGAGCUGGUAGCUUGAUCAAGUGGAACCCCGUCGCCAACGUCGACGGCAAGGACAUCUGGACGUUCCUGAGGACCAUGGACGUCCCUGUGAACCCCCUGCAUGCACAAGGUUACGUGUCCAUUGGGUGCGAGCCGUGCACCAGACCGGUCCUGCCGGGGCAACACGAGCGGGAAGGCAGGUGGUGGUGGGAGGACGCCAAGGCCAAGGAGUGCGGCCUCCACAAGGGCAACAUCGAGAAGGAGGGCCAGGCGGCGCCCAAGUCCGCCAACGGUGGCAACGGGACGGCCGGCGCCCCUGACAUCUUCCAGAGCCAGGCCGUCGUCCCCCUCACCCGCGCCGGGAUCGAGAACCUCCUGCGGUUGGAGAACCGCUCCGAGCCGUGGCUCGUCGUGCUGUACGCGCCCUGGUGCCCGUUCUGCCAGGCGAUGGAGGCGUCCUUCGUGGAGCUGGCCGAGAAGCUCCCAGGCUCCGGCGUGAAGGUGGCCAAGUUCCGCGCCGACGGCGAGCAGAAGCCGUUCGCGCAGGCGGAGCUGCAGCUGCAGAGCUUCCCGACGGUGCUCCUCUUCCCGAGCCGCACCGCCAGGCCCAUCAAGUACCCCUCGGAGAAGAGGGACGUCGACUCGCUCCUCGCCUUCGUCAACAGCCUCCGGUGAGUGGGGUUGGCGAGCGAGAACCAUCGUUCUCUGUCCUGAUGGUAUGUUGGCGUCCGUUUAGGCAUUGUAUUUAGAGAGGGAGGAGGUUUAAGACGGAAUUGGGGAAACUAGAGAAAGAGAAAGGGGGGGGGGGGGUUCAGAAAAAAUUCAGAUUCAGAUUAUGCAUCUCUAGCUUUUGUGACUGCAAAACGAUUGCAGGCAAACCUGAAUCCUCAAGUCCUGUACGUGAUGUACUCAUAGCUAGUGGUGACAAGAGGAUUGUAAGGGAAAGCAAAUAAGAAUUUCAGCUUUUGGAGUUCUUUUUUGUUCA